GGAGGGGAGCUGCCGAGGGUGGAGGUCGAGCGCCGCGCAGCCAGAGAGGAGCGGCUGAAGGUUGCAUCUGCGGGAAAGAAGCUUUUUGGCUGCUUGGUAACCGGCUGCCAGAACAGAGAGAGAAGCAGAGAGCAGGCCAGCGGCUUCUUGACGUCAGGGCCAAGCGAAGGGAUCUUGCCAGCCAACCCAGCCCGCCCCAAAGUGGGGCCGGCCAAACGACCCGCGGGAGAGAAGCCUGACGCCAGGCGCCCGGAGGAACGUGAGCGGGUGCCACCGGAGCCGGUCGGUAGGGGCUCAGCAUGCCCCCUGCCCCUGGGCCAUGGAGAUCGCCCUGGUGCCCCUGGAGAAUGGCGGUGCCUUGACCGUCCGAGGAGGAGGUGAGACCCCUGCAAGCUGUGGCCAAGUCACAGGGGGAGAGCUCCAAUGUCCCUCGACGGCUGAGCUCAGUGAAGGAAGCAAAGAGCCAGCACCAAGGGGGAGCAGCGCGCAAAGGGACGCAGACCCGGGAGGGCGGUCUCUGUCACCGCUGCCCCGGGAGCUGCCACAGCCUAGACCACCUCUUUCGGAGGACGAGGAGGGAGAAGGCGACCCUGCCCUGGGCAUGGCAGACGAUCCGGCGCUGGGCGUUGGGUCCCUUCUCCACCAGCGCGUCCUCAUAAACAUCUCCGGACUGCGCUUCGAGACGCAGCUGGGCACCUUGGCGCAGUUUCCCAACACCCUCCUGGGGGAUCCGGCCAAGCGCUUGCGCUACUUCGACCCGCUGAGGAACGAGUACUUCUUCGACCGCAACCGGCCCAGCUUUGAUGGCAUCCUCUACUAUUACCAGUCAGGGGGCCGGCUGCGGAGGCCGGUCAAUGUCUCGCUGGAUGUGUUCGCGGAUGAGAUCCGCUUCUACCAGCUGGGGGACGAGGCCAUGGAGCGCUUCCGGGAGGAUGAGGGCUUCAUUAAAGAGGAGGAGAAGCCCCUGCCCCGCAAUGAGUUUCAACGUCAGGUGUGGCUUAUCUUCGAAUACCCGGAAAGCUCUGGGUCCGCUCGGGCCAUCGCCAUCGUCUCGGUUUUGGUCAUUCUCAUUUCCAUCAUCACAUUCUGCUUGGAGACCCUGCCUGAAUUCAGGGAUGAAGGAGAGUUGCUCCGCCAUCCCCCAGUACCCCACCAGCCUCCUGCUCCUGCCCCAGGUGCCAAUGGCAGCGGGGCCAUGGUGCCUCCCCCUGGCUCAACAGUGGCACCGCUUCUGCCUAGGACCCUGGCCGAUCCCUUCUUCAUUGUGGAGACCACGUGUGUCAUCUGGUUCACUUUCGAGCUGUUGGUGCGCUUCUUCGCCUGCCCUAGCAAGGCCGACUUCUCUCGGAACAUCAUGAACAUCAUCGACGUGGUGGCCAUCUUCCCCUACUUCAUCACCUUGGGCACCGAGCUGGCAGAGCAACAACCAGGAGGUGGAGGAGGUGGCCAGAAUGGGCAGCAGGCCAUGUCCCUGGCCAUCCUCAGAGUGAUCCGCCUGGUCCGGGUGUUCCGCAUCUUCAAGCUCUCCCGCCACUCCAAGGGGCUGCAGAUCCUGGGCAAGACCUUGCAGGCCUCCAUGCGAGAGCUGGGCCUGCUCAUCUUCUUUCUCUUCAUUGGAGUCAUCCUCUUCUCCAGCGCCGUCUACUUCGCGGAGGCCGACACCCAGGAGACCCACUUCUCCAGCAUCCCGGAUGCUUUCUGGUGGGCAGUCGUCACCAUGACUACUGUGGGCUAUGGGGACAUGAAGCCUAUCACUGUUGGGGGCAAGAUCGUGGGCUCUCUGUGUGCCAUUGCUGGGGUCCUCACCAUCGCACUGCCAGUGCCCGUCAUUGUCUCCAACUUCAACUACUUUUACCACCGGGAGACGGACCACGAGGAGCAGGCAGCCCUUAAGGAAGAGCAGGGAAGCCAGAGCCAGGGGACAGGGCCUGAUGGUGGAGGCCUGCACAAGGCCAGCUGGAGCAAGGUUUCCCUUGGCAAGGCUGGGGGGUCCCUGGAGAAUGCAGACAGAGCCCGAAGGGGCAGCUGCCCUGUAGAAAAAUGCAACCUCAAGGCUAAGAGCAAUGUGGACUUACCGAGGUCCCUGUAUGCUCUUUGCCUGGACACCAGCAGGGAAACAGAUCUGUAAACCAAGAUCAAGGCAGACUGGGAUAGGGGGAAGUGGGGUGGGGGACAAUGGAGGUCUCCUGAACCCGGGUCUCUACUUUUUACCACAGAGUGUUUCAAGCCUACCCUGUAGCCUAAGUUUGCUCCCUCUUUCUCUCCCUCCUUCUCCUCCUCCCUUGACCCCCCAUUUUUCCUCUUCUUUUUUUUUUUUUUCCAUAACACCAAGGGUCGCCUAUUUUUAAAAAGUACCACAUUCCAUGACGCAAGAGCUGUUGAAAUGGUGAGCGCUGUGAAAUGGCUGUAUUUGUAGCCAGUUUCCUAUACCCAGCAGAGGGAAAACCCAAACAAAAAAUGACUUUAAAUAGCCCAGAUCCCAAGAGAUUUUGUAAGCUCCCCUCAUCUGUGUGUUCCAAGUUUGCUUUACAUAUGAUUAUAUUUGUGUAUAGAGGCAAAUCUUAUUUUUAUGACUGGCAAGUGGAUUUUGUACUGUAGUUCACCUGGAGAUAUUUUGGAUAUAUUUUCAUGAUAUAUGUUGUGUUUACGGAGGAGAGAGUUGUUUUUCUGUGAUACUUACAUUAGAGCCAGAGAUGCUGGUUGGCUGUUCUGGUUCCCGGGCCCUCAAGCCUCUCUUUUUUGGGAUGUGGUAUUGAUGCUCUGUGUCUCGCCAGGAAAUACUCUGGGAAAAAAGGCAAACCUGACUUUUCUGUGCGCCUUAAACAAUUCUCAUAACUUUCUUCAAAAAGGAUUUUAAUGAUGGUGGAGGCAGACUUCUGAUAAUUCAUUCUCUUUAUUUUUAUCCCAGGAAAUAAAAUGUUACUUGGUUGAGGCAAGUGUUAGUUUUUCUUUAGCCGAUGUAUUUUUUUUAUUAUUAUUUUUAAUUUCUCGGUCUGCCACUUGCAGUUUCUGGUUUUGGAGUCAGAGCAAAUGCUCCGACUGGAGUAGAAAACUUGGAGAGCUAAGGUUUUGAUCAGUGACAUCUUUUGGAUGGGCCCCCUUGGUGCCUCACAGAAAGCGGGAGAAUUCUGUUUAUCUCAAGCUGUUUGUGAUAGGGACACCAUUGCGACAAGCUGUCUGAUGUGGUAUUAGACUCAACUGUCUGUCAGCACGGAGAGUGGAUGGAGCUAGAAGGGAAAGAAUGGCCAGACCUCUCCCCUGCCCCCUCCCCCCACACAUGAAGCUCCAACAAGGUCUUCUGGGGCUGGAGUUCUGAAUUCUGCUUUGUCUGCAGGUUUUAAGCUGUACUUAACAUGGCUCAUGGAGUCCUGGUGGCUCAGUGGUUAAGAGAUCCGCUGCUAACCAAAAGGUUGGCAGUUCGAAUCCAUCAGCGGCUCCUUGGAAACCCUAGGGGGCAAUUCUACUCUGCCCUAUACGAUUGCUAUGAGUCAGAAUCGACUCAAUGGCAAAGGGUUUAAUUUUCUUUCUUUCUUCUUCUUUUUUUUUUACGUGGCUCUCAACAGCUCUGAGAAACAAGUUUGAUUCCCACAGAUACGAAGCCUGUGCACACAAGCACAGCCCUGGUGGGAAAGUCACAAAGAACCCAGUGCUUUCUGGUUCACACCCCCUGUGGUACAGCAGAGGACAGUGUGGUGCCUGUAUAGUGGACAGUAGCAGCCAGUAGCCAAAUGGAAGGAUUUGCUUGUUCACGUUAAAGGCUGGUUUCUAGAAACUGCGGCCUUGCCCUGCGUAAUCCCUAAGCUCAGAAUGAAUCCCCUUGUUCCUUUUCACUAGAUGGUGGCGGCAAAAUGUUACAGUAGUUACAACACUAGCUACAGUUUUUCCCUGGGAUUAACUGUCUACUGUGAGGCUCCACUUUCCUGCCUUUGCUUUUUCUGCUGAUUAAUCAAAAGAAUGGCUGUUUCACCUCCUCGCCAGGGCUGACGGAUAACCUGCAGUGGCACCUUCCUCACGACAACAGGAGGGUUCCUAGCUAGUCCUGAGGGUGUAGUCAGGUCUCCACAAGGGUGAGGGAGGAUCUGCUAAAAUGCUGUCUGGGAAUUGUGGGUUUAAGUUAGAAGUCAACACAAUAAUAAAAGCUAGCGUCUGUGGAUGCACAGAGCCACUUCCUGUCAAAAACUGUGCACAGCAAAUCUGAGGAGGAAACAGAAGGUUUGUGGUGGCAGAGCACUCAAGCAAAGGAAGAAGAACAGAGACACUUUAUUUAUAAUUUACAGUCUGCCUAAAAGCAGGGCAUCUUGCCAAAGCUCAAUGCCACACGGUCUCACCUCCAAGCCCUCCUAUGCCUUUAAAGCUAAUGUUUGUAGUUUAGCAAAUGGCGAAUGACUGAGUCUGGUUAUGUUCGAAUCCACCAGCUGCUCCUUGGAAAGCCGUGGGCAGUUCUACUCUGUCCUGUAGGGUGGCUAAGAGUCUUAACUGACUGGUUGGCAACAGAGUUUCGUUUUUUUUUUUUUUUUUGUAUGUAACUCCUAGGGCUCCAUCCUCCAUAAAAACACAAAAGCUAGUCCCCACAUUUGACCGGAAUGUCUGUUCUUUUAGACUUUAAAGCAACAAGAAGAAGAGAGAGCAGCACCCAGGUGUUAGAUAUGUCCAGGUGCCUGAUAGAUAUUUGUCCAAUUCGAAUAGGCUACAUCUUUAAAAGGCCCAGUGAAUGGGUGCCAUCUUACGUGAAUCCUCAAGGAUAGAGUGGAGGAAAUGAGGGUGUGAGUCAACCCAUUUGCUAGGGCAAGAGGUUACUGUAGGUAGAUUUACAAAAAGAAUCAAGGUCAUCGAGAGGUCACCCCAGAGUUGGAAACCCCAGAGUUGGGCACUCCUGUUGUAGCCUCUGAUCCUGGAGGCCAGUGACCUGGUAUCAGUCCUGGGGCACUGGGAGGGGAACCCAUCAGUCAGUUCAAAGUAUUUUUCAUCUCUCCAUGUUCUCAGUAUACCUGUUGCUAUGAUGCUGGGAGUGAGCUCCACUAUCUUUUGCCAGUCACUAUAGUUGGCUUUUUUACGUGAUUAACAAACAAGAAAGACUCUGAAUGCCAAGGCUCUUACCCAGGCUACCUGAGGUAAGGAGUCCCUUCCUGUCCUCCUCUUACCUCCCACUCUCUGAAGUCAUUGAUUUUCCACAGGCUUUACCUUUCUGAGGAGAUUAAAUCAAGUGGACUCAGCCAAGCUUUUUUAUCCAGAUGCUGCUUCUUGGCCUGUAGGACAGGAAACCAUCCCUGGGUUUAUAAUCUGCCAGUUUUGGCAACCACAGCACUGAGAGAAGGGUUGCUCUUGGGUCUAGUAUACUUGUAUAAGGCCAGCUUCUCUGCCCUAGAGCACCUGGCUUCCACUUUUCGGCACUUAGUUUUUUUUUGUUCUGUCCAUACACUUGCUGAACCCUGAGCAAUUCCAGGUUCGGGAAAAUUCUUUUUGCCUCUUUAAAAGCUCAGUUCCUUGAUUCACCUUGCCUGGGACACUCCCUGGAGGAGAAAUGAAAGUGAGUACCAGGGCCUUUAGGAAUUUUUCCACCAAAUUGGGAUUUGAGUUACUCUGGUGUUAAGGAUAUGAGUACUUCUGGCUUGUGGUAGAGCAAAGCAUUUCUCUUGGUGCAGGGACACAUUACUCUAAGUCCCCUCCAGAAAUGGCAGGCUUGUGCACACUGGAAUUUGACCCUGGGUGAUGUUCAAGUGCUUUUCCCUGUUGAUGGACCCCAGCAGUGCAUGUCUACCCAAUAGCUACUCUAGCCCACACUCUGCUAGUGUGGUGGUGGAUACGGGAUAAACCACCAGGCUGUGAGCCUUGCCUUCACAUAGCUUAUGUUCUCAGUGGGGGAAACCAUGAGUGUAAAUUAAAAGCGAAUCAUGCAACGCAGUAUGUGGUCAAGUACCUUGUAGGUGGUUCCAAAAUGAAGUAUUAUGGAUCAGGAGAGGGAGGGUUAAUGAGGACUGGAGUAGACAAAAAAGGCUUCUGGAAGACUGGAUGGGUGGCUAGGACAAAGAAGGACAUUCCAGAUAAGGAAAACAAGAGGAGUAGCCUAGGGGAGAGUCACGGUUACCUCCCCAGCACACCGUUCAGAGGUAGAGUCUGGAGUGAAGGACUCGGUGCUGCUCCUGCUGACCACAAGAGGAGCCUGAAUUUGACCAAUAAUAGCAGAUGGGCUCAGUGGUUGUUUAAGACAGGAGUUGGCAAACUUUUUCUGUAAAGGGCCAGAUAGCAAAUAGUUUAGGUUUUGUAGUCCAAGAGGAAAAAUUGAGGCUAUUAUGUAGGUACUUUCAUAACCAUUCAGAACACAAUUAUUUAAAAAGCAAACCCAGUACAGCUUUAGCUUGAAAGCUGUACCUCCCUGCCACAUCAGUUUAUCUGUCACACAGAGGGCUGCCUCCUGGGGGUCCAGCCAUGCCCAUCAAGCACUGGCUUGCUCCCCAGAUUUGAUUUUACUCAAUUUAACUUACAUUCGUUGCAAAUAAAAGCCCCAUGCUGGGAUUUCUUAGCCCAGGCAAGGCCAUGUAAGGCAGGUGUGUCUUACUUCUGUUUCCUAAUGAAAAUUAGAUUUUUCUAGAUGACUAUGGGACAGGAGGAAGAAAAUACUACAUUGCAAAUCCUGCCUAGGACUCUGGGCGAUUGGUUUUCCCUGAGCUGUUGGGUGGAAGUAGGUUCCAACUGCAAGAGGAUGAGCCUCCUCCUUCUGGUUCUUAGUCUUUUCCUAGAAAUGACAUCCCACAGGGAGCCUAGGAUAUACUUCAUCUGUCCUUCUUCACCUGGCUCUUCCCUUGCUAUGGAGCUGGGCCCUGGACUGGUGGAGCUUCUGUGUGCGCAUUGUGUGAACAUGUAUAGGAAUGUAUGCAUGAGUGGGGCUAUGCGCACUGGGUUUGGUUUUUGAUUUAUGUGUGGGUGGGGGUGUGUGCAUAUAGAAUGCACAUGUAUAGCGGCAUAUGCAUGGGUGGGUGUAUGUGCAUAUGGUGUGCACAUAUAUAGGUGUGUGCAUGGGUGAGAGUGCGUGUACAUGGUGUGCACAGGUAGAAGUGUGUGCAUGGGUGGAGGUGCCACAUGGUGUGCACAUUCAUAGGCGUGUGUGCAUGGGUUGGGGGUAUAUGGUCUGGCCUGGAAUGAAUCAUCUCCAGACCACAUGCCUCCAGGGAGAUCAAGAUGCUUAUUACCUUCCCUUUUAAUUGGCAUUUAUUUUCUAAUGUCAGACUUUGCACCAUGGCAUGUUUCAGCUAGAAGGAACUUCUCAAAUAAACUUGUCUGUCCUGCUCAUUUUACAGAUGAGCAAACUGAGGCUGAGACAGGAGGCAAUUUACUCAAGAUCAUACUCCCAAUUAAAGUAAACCAGUAAAGCAAAGUAAUCUGGAAUUGUGUCUGCUGAUUUGUAGGCUGGAUUUCUCUCUGCUCUUCAACUCUGUUCCUUCUGCAUGACAAUAUCCAAUUCUCAUUGAGCAGCCCCCUCCCCACCACCCCAGGCACAAUCCUGUCACGUCAGUUUAUCUGUCUCUAGCCUGCCCUUGAAGGUUGCCUUCUGGGUGUCCAGUCAUGCUGGGAAGCUCUGAUCUGCUCCCCUAAUUUGAUUUUACACAAUUCAACUUAGAUUUAUUGCAAAUGUCAAGCCUGUAUAGACAAUGGGAAUAUAGCAUUGUGAUAAACAAGGGCCUUUAUAUAAGCAUCUCACUGUCUAGUGGGGAAAAUAGGGGAGUAAACUUUUAUACUCCAGUGUGCUAAGUACAACCUUUCAUUCAUCUCUCCAUUUAUUCAAUAAAUAUUUAUCCAAAAAAUAUUUAAUAUGAGGCAGGCACUGUGCUAGGCUCUGGGGAUAACUGACAAGGGAUCUUUCUUGACUGGCUUUCUGGUCUAGUGGGAGAGUGAACAACCAAAUAAGCAAAUUAAUAAAGACAUAAUUUUUAAAUUGAGGUAAGAGCCAGAAAGAAACUGAACAGUGGUAUGACUGGGAGUAAUUGGGGGAGAGAUAUCAUAUUUUAGGAAAUGUUCUGGGAGAUGACAUUUGAGUUGAAGCAUGAGAGGAAUUGAAUGCAGAGAAACAUGGGGACAGGGGUGUGGGGACUAGGAGGACACUAGGAGGGAGCCUAGAUUUUUCUGCAGAUUGAAGAAAUGGAGGAUGCUGGGGAAGAGACCUCAGUUGUGGUGGGGGGCUGGAAAAGUCAAGGAUUACUGGAGUGCCACCAACCAAAAAAAACAAACCUGCUGCCGUCGAGUCAAUUCUGAUUCCUAGCAACCCUAUAGGACAGAGUAGAACUGCCCUAUAGGGUUUCCAAGGAGUGCCUGGUGGAUUCAAACUGCUGACCUUUCGGUUAGCAGCCAUAGCACAUAACCACUAUACUACCAGGGUUUCCGGAGUGCUACAGGCAGCCUUUUUAAUUCCAGUGACCACCCCUGGCCACGUACCAUCAGAAAGCAGGAAUGUGGGUCCUGCCAUUCCAGGCAGCACACCAGAAAGACGCAGCUGGACCGCCUCACCAAAAAGAGCACAAUACAAAUUUCUGCCGCAAGGCAAGCAAUGUGUUUAAAUCUGAUAUAUGUGUUUUUAAAUUUUGAGGGUCAAAGGCCCUUAGGUGCCCCUUGAUUGUUUGGUCAACCAAUAGAAGACCUAGGCAGAUUGUGAGUCAGUUCCAAAAAGCCGGGUAAGCAAUGUGGAGCUGUGGAGUGAGGCAGAUCCUGAGGUGAGAGGCAGGGGCAGGGGAGGAAGAAGCCCAGAGACUUGUUGGCCCUCAUAACUAUUCAAAGAUCAGAAAUAUCAAAAAAAAAAAAAAAAAAACAAUGCAUUGUACUGGAGUCGAUUCCAACUCAUAGCGACCCUAUAGGACAGAGUAGAACUGCUUCAUAGGGUUUCCAAGGAGCAGCUGAUUGAUUCGAACUGCCAACUUUUUGGUUAGCUGCUGAGCUCUUAACCACUGCUUCACCAGGGCUAGGAAUUGCAAAAUAUAAGAAGGAGGUGUAGUGGGGUCCAAAAGAGAGCAUGGUAGGAAAGCUAAAUAUAUGCAAAUGUGGUUGCUUGGAAAUUAAGAAUGAAAGCUCCAUUUACACCUAGAUGGUAAACUUAGCUUUGAUCAUCUUGAAUUUGUUUUCUAGGGCUGUCGUAACAAGUACCACAAAGUGGCUUAACGGAAAUUUAUUGUCUCACAGUUCUGGAGGGUAGGAGUCCAAAAUCAGAGUAUUGGCCAUGGUGAUUCCUUCUGAAGGCUCUGAGGGGGGAACCUGUUCCAUGCCUCUCUCCUAGCUUCUGGAACUGCUUGUGAUCUUUGGCAUUCCAAUUGGCUUGUGAAAGACUCCAAUCACUACCUCUGUCUUCACAUGGCCACAUUCCUUCUGUGUCUCUUCUGUUUUAUAAAAACACCAGUCAUAUUGGAUUAGGGUCCACCCUGUUCUAGUGUGACCACAUGUUAACUAAUUACACCUACAAACUCUGUGUUUCCAAAUAAGGUCACAUGCACAGGUACCAGGGGUUAGGACUUGAACAUAUCUUUUUGAGGAACAUAAACCAGCCCCUUCUUUGAGAGAAGUGAAAAGAUGUGGACUAUAUAGGAAAUGAAAAUAAGCACUGAUCAGCAAGGAGACCUGCUCAGUCCUCCUUUCAUGUGUUCUCCAUAGACUUUCUUGUGCAUGACCUGCACACUGAAGAAGUAAUUCUGUUUGGUCCUGGCAUCUAGCAUCUGUUGGUACAUGCCCUUAAGUAUAACGCUAUGAGUUGGAAUCUACUCGAUGGGACUGGGUAUGGUUUUGGUUGUUUUAUAGUAGGGAUAGAAAUGACACGAAUUCUGCUCCAGGAAACUCAUGGGUUGAGGUGGGCAGCCUACACCUGCCUGUAAAGGAGACACAUGGGAGAAUCAUUACAAACAAAACCAAAAAUAAGAUCAAAGAAUCGGUAAUCAAGGCCCCAGAGAAAUGUAAUUAUGCUUAAAGAUUUUGGAGAUUGUUGUAAGUCCACCCCAAAACCAAACCCUCCACUCUUGAGUUGAUUCUGACUCAUAGUGACCCUACAGAACAGAAGAAAACUGCCCCAUAGGAUUUCCGGUGUUGUAAAUAUUUAUGGAAAGCAGACUGCUUCACCUUUCUCCCAUGGAGCUGCUGGUGGGUUUGAACAACCAACCUUUUGGUUAGCAACUGAGCUCUUUAACCACUGCUCCACCAGAGCUCCUCGAAGUAAGUCCAAAAAAAAAAAAAAAAAGUCCAGUGGAGUUAAAUUUGAGUCAGGAUUACUGGAAGAGCUGGUCCUUCAGCAGGGGACUGAGGGAAAGAUAAUAGACUCAGUGUUUGUUAAUGUAAGUCUUCCAGAUCCUCUUGUCCCCAUGAACCCUCCUCUCAACUCCCACAGCCCUUUCAUGUCACUCGUCACUUUAUCCUUUGGAUUGGUUAUUUGUGCCCAUGUCUUAUCUCCUAAGCCAUGAGCUGGCUGCUCAGAACAGAUGGUGCCUUGUGAUUCUCCAUGGCUCCCUCAGCUCCUUGCACGUGGCCUUUGACACAGAUCAGGUCCAUGUGCGUAAAUAUAAUGAGAGGUCAACAGUAAUCUCGAUUUUUACAUAGGAACGAUGAGCUUUGUCUUUUUGUGUGUGUCUUUAGUUUCCUAAUGAUUGGCCUUCUGAAUCAUCUGAAGGCUAAUUUUAGGAGCUUUUGGCUCAAUUUUUCGGUAAUCCUACAAAUGUGCUCCAACACAAGAUCUGAUCUUUAGGAAUUUCUGAGUGCUUGUAAUGCGACACUAGUGUCAUGCAAUGUUUAUUAUAAAUUUCUAAAUUACUGCUCUUAUAAAACUGAAGAUUUAUACAGCAGCUUUGCUCCAAAGAGCCCAAACAACUAUCCCUUUGAGCAUGUAUUUUGGACAACCGAGAUUACUAAAACCUUAAUGGGCACCUCUCAGUAAUACAUGCCAGUUACGGGAAAUGUAGGUAAGACGCCCUGCAUGUUUGCUUGCUUCCCUCCCCGGCUGAUUAAACUUCCUAUUAUUUCCGUCAUUUGCAUUUUUUUUAAUGCAUAUCUCCUGGACAAAUGAGGCAACUGGUCCCAGUUGUGCUUAGGUGGUGUCUUGGUCACCUAGGGCUGUUACAAUGGAAAUACCACAAAGAGAAAUUUAUUCUUUCACAGUCUAGUAGGCUGGAAGUCCAAAUUCAGGGCAACAGCUCCAGGGGAAGUCUUUCUCUCUCUGUCGGCUCUGGAGGAAGUUCCUUGUCAUCAGUCUUCCACUGUCUAGGAGUUCCUGUGCGCAGGAACCUUGGGUCCAAAGGGACCUGCUCUGCUCCUGCUACUGCUUUUUUGGUGAUAUGAGGUCCCCAUGCCUCUCUGCUCACUAUCUCAAAAGAGAUUGGCUUAAGACACUAUAUAAUCUUGUAGAUCUCAUCAAUAUCACUGCCAGGAAUCCAUCUCAUUAACACCAUAGUGAUAGGAUUUACAACACAUAGGGAAAUCACAUCAGAUGACAAAAUGGUAGCCAAUCAUACAAUACUGGGAAUCAUGACUAGUCAAGUUGACAGAUAUUUUGGGGGGGGACACAAUUCAAUCCAUGACAGAUGGCCAAGGCAUCCAGUUGCGAUAUCCACCUUGGACAACUGAUAGUUGAUUCUGUAUCUGUUCCUCCAUUUACUCUGUUAUCAUUACAUUGUUAUUAUUUAUUGUUAGUUCUUUUUGAUAGUUGUGAUGUCACCUAUAAACCUCACUCAUUUGGACACCAGUUUUGAAUGGGAGUCUGAGACAAUCACGGUAACCUCUUUAUGGCCCUUCUGCUUCCCUUUUACUUUCCACCUUCAGUCCACCCUGCACAUGACUUCAAAAUUAAUCUCUGAAGGGACAACUAAUAUAAUUACGUCACCCCAGGGCCCCUACACAGAUUAAUUCCAGUCCCUUUAGCCUGACUUUUAAAGUCUUCCAUAAUGUGACACCAAAUCUUCCUUUCCAGUCUUUCUUUUCUCUGCAUCAACUACUUUUGAAGGAAUCUAUACUUUGUAGCUACACUGGACUGAGUCAUCGCCUGAGCUGAUAUCAUCCAUGUGCCUUCCCAUCAGUCAUCUCCUUGGUUGGAAUACCUGACUUUCAUAUUUUCAUCCAUUGAAAUCCUACUCAUCCUUCAAGGCAUAGCUCAAAUAUCUAGUUCUCAAAGAAGCCAUCCUCAGUCCUUCUGGUCCAAAGUGAUUUCCCCUCUCUUGUUGCCCCUAUCACAGACACAUUCUGCCACAACUGUGGUCAGUUGUGUAUCUUCCUCCCUCCCAUCCAAGACCAUAUCUCUCCUUGAGAGCAGAAAAUAGUUCAUCAUCUUCCUAUUCAUCUCAGUGCCUAGAAUUUGGCUCAAUAUAGCUAGCUCUCAGUACAGGCUUUCUGGACUUAAUUAACUCCUAUUCUGAUUUAUUCUCUGUACCAGAGAAACAGGCUAUUGAUCAUGAACUAGUUUCAUCAGAAUCUCCAUAUGUGAUGUGUGAAUUAGGCAUUUGCUAUAGGUAGGGAACUGGGUUAAGGCCUUGAUAAACUAUAACAUAAUAAGAUACAGUCACAUCUGGGUUUCCCACAUUGAAUGUUGUCCUUGAGCAAUUGUUGACACAUAUGCUCCCCUUGGUGUCCAGACAGCGGGAGAAGAAUAGUGCACGUUUGAUGGUUGCCUUUACUCUGCCUUCAUUCACCAAGUGUACAGUACAGGUGGCUAGAUAGCAUUUAAGAUGCAUGACACUCCUAGAAUUAUAAAGAUGGAACACUCUCUGUGCAAGGAUUCAGGACAGUGUUUCAGAAACAAAGGAAGAACUACAGGGUGGGGAUAUAAGAGAGGAUAGGCUGAGGGAUACAGGUAGAAGAUGUGAGAAAUUGUUACUCUGGGUAAAAAAAAAAAAUUCAUGCAGGAAUAGGGUGAUCAUACAUCUGGUCUACCAAGGACAACCAAGGGGAUAACUGUUGUUGAUCAAUGAAGUCUUAUUGUUUCUAACACACUAUUUCCAUCUACGUGACUCCCAAAGUGUUUUCAUUUGGAAGAUGAAUUAAAUGGUCCCCCAAGAGAAGUGGGGAAUGGGGGAGGGUAGCAACAAUCUCUUUUUCCACAAUCCUCCACUGUCAUUUUCAGCGGCAGGGGAAGCCUGGGACCACCAGGUUAGUUGACUGAAAUACCAGCAGCAAGUGGUGCCUGUAGGGUCAAGCUCAGAUCAGGCUGCCACACAUUUCUGAGCUUCUGUUUGCCAGGCGCAACAACAACAAUGCUAGAUACUGGGAUUUGUGCAUAAAUAAGACAAUCAGCGGUCUUGUAUGGCAUUGAACCCACCUCUCUCCCCAGACCUAAUCCAAUAUAAUACACCAUAUAGUACACCACUCCAAUCUCCUGGAUAAAAUCUUUAGAAGUCCUAAGCACUGAAAAGUAUAUGAUAUCCCCACCAUAUUGAUUCCAAAUAAAAGCAAGAUCAACCAAAGCAUACAUUUAAGAAAAUCAAAAAGGGUUCAAUAUUGCCCUUGAUACUUUUAUUGAAAUAUCAAAUUAUUUAAAAAAAAAAAAAUUAUGCCCUCUGUUUAUCUAGUACUCUCAGUUCAGCCUGGCUCUUCUUAUUGGAUAAUCCAGCACCGACCCAAUCCCCUCCCCCAUUGCAGGGGGUCCUUCCCUUGACCACAUCACUGGGUCCAAACAUGGGUGAAGCCCACUCUGUCUCAGUAGCUUUUCAGAUGGGGAUAAUGGAUUCCAGAUGUUGACCGUGAUGGUAGAUGGCUACCAAGGCAGACCUGAAUCUGCUCUGAGUGGAGCUUGGAAUUGCCCAAGCCAGACAGAGGCUUUUGUUCUGCAGCUUCGAAGGCAGAGGGGAGGCUAGGGGAGGUAGGCCCCAGCAGUAAAAUGCUGGACAGCAGAGUAGGGUGAAGAAUUUUGGGGACUGGAGAACUCGGGGCCAUAAAAGAGCAGCUGGAGAGCUGUGCUGUGCCCCAGGAGGUAGAAGACAGAAGGGCUGAGAUGCAGGGCCUGAAGGUGAGAGAAAACUGGGAAGAUAUAAAGAGGAGCCUUGGUAAUUCUGUUGAGGUUAGGAGGCAGAUAGAUUUAGUUCGAACCCUGAUUUUGUCAUUUAUUAGCUAUGGGACCAAAUGCAAGUGAUAUACUUUUAAACGGCCUAGUGUCGAAUAGUUUUUUUUUUCCCCAACCAUAAAAUAGUGAUAACAAUAAGGCCUUCUUUCAGAGGUGUCUUAAGGACAAAUAUGUUAAACUCCAUAGACUGUUUGGAAGGCAGUAAACCCUCAGUAAAAUUCAGUUAUUAUUGUUACCAUUAUUAUUAUUCUCUAAAGCUUCAGGAGAAAGCCUGGAACAAGCCCUGCCCCUUUCAAAUGGGAGCACCAUCAAAUUGAAUUCAGCAAUAUUUAUUGAGCAUGAAUAUCAUGGUUGCUGUACUAGAGCUGUGGGAUGAAAAAAGAUGAAUUAGAGGGGAUGAUCUGCCCACAACCUACUAGGGAGCCCAAACUAAGCACGCAAAUGACUAUAACAGAUGGAGUCACGGAAAAAAACAAAAACUGUUGCCAUGCAGUUGACUCUGGCUCACGGAAACUACAUGUAUGUGACUGUAGAAUCGUACAUUGAAAACCACAGGGGUUUCAAUGGCUGACAUUUUGGAAGUAGAUCCUCCAGGUCUUUCUUCCAAAGUACCUCUGGGUGGACUAGAACUUCCAAACUUUCAGUUAGCAGCUGAGCAUGUUAAAGAAUCAGGAAGGAAGUACAAGACUUGAGUGCCCAGGAGGUGAGUGACAGGUGUGGAAGAUGCUAUCCAAAGAGGUUUCACUACUGAAGAAGGUAGCAUUUGAGGUGGUCAUCCAGGAUGGAUGAGAUUUCCACAGGUGGGGGAGGUGGGGAGUACAAUUCAAGAGAAAGAAUUGGUUUGAGCAAAGGCACAGAGGUGAGAACAUUGGGGUCUAUAAGGGCAUCUGUCAGCGCCAGACAAUGGGAGCACAAACGCAGCAGCAUGUGGUGCCCCGACCGUGGUACUGGCUUCUCACCUAAUCUCAGCUGCAACUUCAUUUCCAACACAAGUGUGAAAACCGAGCUUAUUUCUGAUCAUUGCAGGGCACUGUACAUUAUUUGGAGCCCUGCUGGCACAGUGGUUAAGAGAUAUGGCUGCUAACCAAAAGGUCGGCAGUAUGAAUCCACCUUGGAAACCCUAUAGGGCAGUUAUACUCUGUCCUAUAGGGCCACUAUGAGUCAGAAUUGACUUGAUGGCAACAGGUUUGGUUUUUUGGAUACAUUUUUUGUCAAAAUUACAAUUAGUUUAUACUGAUUAAGGAACAAUUUCUAAAAUCUACCAGCUCGCCAAAGAUUCUCUCCAGGUAAGCUGUGGGGGCGGGGGCCAGGGAGUGGGGCAGGGGCACUGAGGAUACACUAUUAGUUUUGCUAUUUGAUUUUCUCAACCUCAGAAGUUAAAUCUCUCUCAGACUAUCUCUUGUCUGAGACAAGUAGCUAUUUGGUUGGAUAUAGCAAAAGGUAAAUAUUCAAAAGUAACAGUGAACCAGAUGCGAGUUAAUAUAUGGAUUCCAGGAGUCCAAGGCCAAUAGCCUCGACUCUUGUACCCCUCCCAGACAGGGGCAGAUUAUCCAAUAGGCAAGGUAAGCAAAGUGCUUACCUUGCUUACCAGAUCAUCUGUAGUGAACGGUUUCACAUUUUUUACCACAUCAAAAUUUCUUCUUCUAGGUAUGGCUGGCAUCUGUCUCUCCCCCAACCCCAUAGCACCUUCCUACAGAAUCAAAGCCUCUUUUUAAAGUUACAGUCCCUGACAAGAGCGGAUGACCCAGUAAGCAAGAUAAGCAUGGACUUACAUAUGCUUACUCACUAACAUGUAGUGAAAAAUUUCACAUGGGCUUCACCACAUCUUUUUUUUUUGUAAGAUCAAGAGGAAGGUCAUUUAUUCAUUUAUUCAUGCAUUAUAGCAUAGGAAUUGAAAGUAAAACAAACAAACAAACAAAAACCCACUGCCAUUGAGUUGAUUCCAACUCAUAGUGACCCUAAAGGACUUUGUCGAACUGCCCCAUAGGGUGUCCAGGGCUAUAAAUCUUAAUGGAAGCUUAAUGGAAACAGACUGCCACAGCUUUCUCCCUUGGAGGGGCUGGUGGGUUCGAACCACUGACUUUUCAGUUAGCGGUCAAGUGCUUUAACCACUGUACCAACAGGGCUCAAGAGCUGGAAGUAAGUAACCUGGAAAUAGAGUGCCCAGGUUUGAAUCCUAGCUCUACUGCUUACUUUCUGUGCAAACCUCUUAGUGCCUGUCAUGUGGGAUUAAUAGUACCUUCUUCAUAUGGUGUUUGUGAAAAUUAAAUGAAAUAAUACACACAGUAAAUUGUGAAUAAACGUUACUCCUCACUAUCAUUCAACAUCCACUAUGUACCAGGCUGUGGACCUAGUGCUAUGAAUAGAGUAUAGCCCUGGACCAAGAGACAUGGGAAGCUACAGGGGGCAGCCGCUCUGAGUUCAUUCCCAUGACCUUUGCAUUUCUCCAGAAUUUUAGGGCCAGCCCUUAUUGGAUGGGAGUUUUAAGAGCCUCUUCCCCUAUAUCUUAGCAUUUUUGACAGGCUGUUUAUGUCACCUCUCCAGAAAAGCCUUCUCUGACCGCCAUCUCUCCAACCCUAUGUCAUUACCCUAUUUCUUUAACCCCUCUUGCUAUCGAGUCAGUUCUGACUCAUGGCAACACUGUGUAUUACAGAGUAGAGCUGCUCCAUAGGGUUUUCUUGGUUUUCUGAUCUUCACAGAAACAGAUCACUAGGCCUUUCUUUCAAGAUCCCACUGGGUAGGUUCAAAUUGCCAACAAUUAGACUAGCAGUUGAGCGUAAAUUGUUUGCACCAUCCGUUGUUGUGUGCCAUCAAGUCGAUUCCGACUCAUAGCGACCCUAUAUGACAGAUUAGAAUUGCCCCAUAGGGUUUCCAAGGAGUGGCUACUGAAUUUGAACCACCGACCUUUGGGUUAGUAGCCUGAGUUCAUAACCAGUUUGCUACCAGACCUUCAUUUCCUUCACAGCACUUGCCAUUUUCUGAACUUUUUUGUUUUCUUGCUAAUAGCCUCUUUUUCCUCACCUCUAGAUUAUAAGCUCCACGAGUGUAGGGACCUUUUCUGGCUCUUUAAUCUUCUGUAUUUUAAGCACCUAGAACAAGUCCUGGUACACAGAGGAGUUUAAUAAAUAUUUGCUGACUGACUGACUAAUGAAUGCGGGCCAACAAAAGUUGGUUUGGGGAUCUUGCGGAUCUGAC